ACUGCCGUUGAUGGUCAAUGUUCCUGCCGAAGUCGUCUCGAAGCGGAAAAUAGUGGAAGAAUCCUGCGAUUCCACCAGCAGAAACAACACAAGCAGAAUCCAACUGCCUAGGGAUCUGCUCUGCUGUGUCUUGGAGCGGCUGCCGUUGAUCGACGUUAUCGGGGCAAAACUCGUCUCUCAUGCCUGGGCAGACGCCGUCCUCUCUUCCAAGUCCCAUUCGCGCUUCCUCAAAUCCCCAUGGCUUCUGCUUCCUCCAAAACGACAUGGAGAAGGUGGCUACACCAGUUAUUCAAAAUGGGCCGGCAGUGGUUCUUGUUGCAUCAUGAAUCUGGAAGAAAACAUGGUUUACGAUCUGAAGAAGUCAACAUCGGACCUGGUUUCUGAGUUUGCCUGCAUUGGAUCCUCCCACGGGUGGCUGAUUUUCUCCGACUACACAACUUUAUCUCCCUUCCUCUUCAACCCUUUCACCGAGGCCCGGAUACAACUUCCUUCAUUAAAACCCCUGUUCGGCAUCUCCGACAUUGAGGAAGAUGAUAGACGCAUUAAAAUUCUCUGGAAGGGUAAAUGGGUGAUCCUGUCUAAGGUAGACCUACGCCUAUCUUUUGUAUCAAGAGCCUUUUUGACAGCCGAACCUACUGGAGGAGAUUAUGUCGUGGUUUUGGUAUCCCACUUUGAAUAUGAAGGUCUUAUUUAUUAUAAGAAUGGAGACAUUUCGUGGAGACCAUUCAAUGAUUCAGGAUUUCCGAACAGUAUUUUUUUGGACGAUAUUAUGUGCUAUGAAAACAAGCUCCAUGUCCUGGCUGUUGAUGGUGCUAUUCAUACUUGGGAUUUAGAGACUGGUUAUCCAGAAAAUAAAAUCUACAAUCGAUAUGCUGCCUCCAACCACACAUUAGAGAGACCAGAUUGUUUCAUCCAUGGACUUUAUCUGGUUCAAUCAGAUGGGGAGAUUCUGCUUGUUGCAAGGAAUGUGCCAGAGGAGGGUGACCAUGAUAUCACUACUGGGAUAUUUGAUGUAUAUAAGCUGGACUUGGAAGGGCGACAAUGGGUAGAAGUGCAAACGCUCGGGGAUAAUCGGUCAUUGUUUUUAGGUCAAAAUCAAUCCGUAUCAGUAUCAACAGAAGAUUUUAGUGGAUGCAAGGGGAACUGUAUUUACUUCACCCAUGAUAAUCAUUAUUUAAGUCUGCUUGAAGGUAGUGAAAUGGGCAUGGGCAUCUACAGCUUGAAGGAUAGAAAAAUUUCACCAAUUUUUGAGUUUCCGUCAGAGUCACUUUCGGAGUUCAGCCGGCUACCCUGUUGGCUCAUUCCAAGUUCCUGCUAAUUCAUGGAGAAGUAGCAGUGUUAGUUUUUUGAAUCUAAAUUAUGCACUUUUUUUUAAUGGGUAUUCAAACGGAUUAUUUUUCUGUACUUCUGUUAAGGUGUUCCAUAUAUGCAAUGACAAAGAAAGCUUAGUGUUUUAU